AUGGCUUCGAUAUCAUCUCUACCCAAAACUGCAAACACUCAUCUCCAUGAUAGUAUUGCAGCCGAUACUAUCCUCGACUCUCUAGAGUCUCUGGCGGCAGGAAACAUCCCCAUCUCCCUCCGCAAUGAUGAGGAAAAACGCUUACGCUUUCUUGAAGCUGCUAGAAUGGCUUCUUUGAAGCUCGAGCAAACGUGGGAUACUAUGCAGCGGCUGAUCUUCUGUGCCUUGCCGCCCAACAUGGCGCAGGUGGGUAUUAAUCUGGGGCUGUGGAGACUCCUUUCUGAGCGAAGGGGGGCGUCCAUGAGCGCUAGUGAACUGGCCACCGAAUUGGGCGUUGAAAAGCCACUACUUGUACGAAUACUGCGCUACGCAGCGACGCAGUGGAUGGUGGAGCAGGUUGAUAUCGACAAAUACCGGGCGACAAAUAUAACGCACUACUUGUCCAUGUCGGGACUAGAGUCUGUCAUGUUCCAUGUGACCGAGAGAAACAUUGCAGUGUACAAUGCCAUACCAAAGUGGAUGUCAGAGAACUCGUAUAAGCAGCCUCAGGAUAACAAAAACCUCCCAUUCCAACUCUCCAAGAACACCAAUCUACACUUCUUUGAAUGGUUGUCGCAGCGACCGCGGCACCAACAAGCCUUCAACGAGUAUAUGUCGUUCCAGCGGGUUGGGCAAAAGAGCUGGCUUGAUGUAUUUCCACUUGAGAAUUAUAUGCACAAGUCCAGCACAGGGGAUGAGCACCGAACGCUCUUUGUGGAUGUAGGAGGCGGCUAUGGGCACCAGUGCCGGGAGGCAUUGAAGAGGUUUCCCUGGCUGCAAGGGCGUGUUGUGCUGCAGGAUACCCACGGGGCAGCUAUCGACUCAGCAACGGCCAUUGAAGGACUAAAGGUUGUUCACCAUGACUUCACCCAGCCUCAACCAGUUAAGGGGGCCUGCAUCUACUAUCUGCGAAAUAUUCUGCAUGACUGGCCUGAUCAAGCCUGCUUUAGUAUUCUCUCCCAAAUUAAGGAGGUCCUCGCUCCGGACUCGGUUAUUCUGCUGGAUGAGCUCAUCAUUCACGAUGAGGGCGCACAUUGGUAUGGUGCCUCGUUUGAUCUGCUCAUGAUGGCCAACUAUGGUGCACGCGAGCGGUCGCUGAAUGAGUGGGAUCGCCUUCUAGAAACAGUGGGCCUGGAACGGAAAACCUUUGUGCCUUACAGCAUGCAUGGAGAUGGUAUUCAGGUAGUUGGUGUUCGAGGAACGGUUCACGAAAGGUUGUGA